CCGCCGUCUCGAGAUGAGUGGUACAAGGCGCCAGCUGGCUGGGAGUCUGCGGCCCCUGGGACGCCGCUCAGGGUGCGCUCGCACGCUUACAACCCGGCCGUUCUCAACAUCAAGAACUGUCGCGACGUGUUCCAGGUCCUGUACCGGUCCAGCGACACGCACGGCAACGCCAGCUGGGCCGUGACGACCGUGUUUGUGCCGCAAAAAUACGCCAACUGCACCGCCGCGCCCGCCAGCGCCAACUGCACCGCCUCGACGCCGGCGACCCAGCAGCGCGACGACUUCCACGCCCUAGUCUCGUACCAGGUGCCCAUGGACAGCGUGUCGGUCGACGCCUCGCCCAGCUGGCUGCUCCAGUCGCGCGAGCCGUACGGCGAGCUGCGCGACCUGCUCGCGCGCGGCUGGCUCGUCGCCGCGCCCGACUACGAGGGCCCCCAGGCGAGCUAUUGCGCCGGCGGCCAGGCCGCCUAUGCCACGCUGGACGGCAUCCGCGCCGUGCUGGCCGUCACCAUCACCAGCGGCAGCACCGCCAACAUCACAACCACCACCACCAGCAACCACUCAACCGCCGCCGCGCCCGCCAUUCCAUACCGCCUCCACGGCGGCGGCGGCUACGGCGCCAACAGCACGCUGCCGCGCGUCGCCAUCUGGGGGUACAGCGGCGGCGCAUUCGCUGCCGCGUUCGCGCUGGAGCGCGCGGCGGCAUACGCGGCCGACCUGGUCCCGUUCCUCGCGGGCGUCGUAGUGGGCGGGCCGGCGCCGAACCUGACGACAGUCGCGCAGAACAUGAACGCGCGCGACACGGCGGGGCUGCUCGUGGCGUCGCUGGUGGGCGUCACGGCGCAGCAGGCGCCCGCGCGCGCCGCCCUCGAGGCCCGCCUCAACGCCGCCGGCCCGCGCAACGCCACGGCCUUCCUCGCCGUGCGCCGCAUGUCGGGCGUCGACGCGCUGGUCGCCUACGCUAUGCAGAAUGUGUAUGACUACUUCCAGGGCGGCGAGCGCGACGUCUGGUCGCCCCUCGUCCAGCAGGUCAUCGACGCCGACGCCGUCAUGGGCGCCCGCCCGCAGCAGCUGUCGAUGCCGCGAAGCGUGCCGGUGUUCGUGUACAAGGCUGUGCAGGACGAGAUGAGCGGCGUCGGCGAGACGGAUGAGCUUGUGAGCCGGUACUGUGAGGCCGGCGCGACCGUGCUGUACCACCGCAAUGUGCUGGGCGGCCACAAUGAUGAGCUCUGGAGCGGCCGCCUGCGCACGCUGGCGUUUCUGGAGAAUGUGUUGGAUGGC